AUGUUUGCUUUAUAUCUGACAGCUGACUUGCAAGGGGUCACCAACCUGCGCCCUGUUGAUACUGAAGACAACCCUUUCUGGUACAUGUUCAAGGUUCAGUGUACCUCUUGCCGAGAGACACACCCAAACUAUGUCGGAGUCAACCGUUUUGAGACCAACGAGAUGAGCGGAAGCCGAGGAGAGGCCAACUUCGUUUGGAAGUGCAAGAACUGCAAGCGAGAGUCGUCGGCAUCUGUCAAGUCCGGACCUGCAGCUUACGAGCAGGCAGAGCCAGCCAAGGCUCAGAAGAUUAUUGAAUUCGACUGCCGAGGUCUCGAGUUCGUUGAAUUCAAGGCAGAGGGCGAGUGGCUCGCCGAGGGUAUCGAGACCAAUACCAAGUUUACCGGCAUCGAGCUGGAAGAGGGCGAAUGGUUUGAGUAUGACGAGAAGUCCAACGAGGAAGUGAGCAUCAACGAGGUCAAACCCACUGUUUACUUUGCUGUCCGUCAAGGUUCUAACCUCAAGCUCGAGCAUCGCAUUUCUGAGACCCAACUUCAAAGUCAACUACCAGAAAUCAAGAGACAUCAUUCUUCUUUCAGCUCUACCAAGAUGGCAUUACCGGAGCUUCCAGGAACAGCCGACUUUCUCACCGAUGCAGCACACCUCCUGCGCACCACAGCGCCCGAAACUUCAGCCUAUCUCAUGAGCCAACGCGGUGACCUUCUUUCACAGCAUGGAGUAUCAGUGUCUGAUAUUCAACGACAACAUGUGUGCGGAGGCUGUGGGCUUAUAAUGAUACCAGGCCAAGGAGCCACGCUGAAAUUGGACGCUCGAAAAAGUAUGCAAAGGAAAACAAAGGGUGCAAAGUCUGGCACCUAUUCAACUCCCAGAACCAACCAGGAGCCCAAAGGACCAUGCAAGAUUCUUCACUGCGACAACUGUCAACGAGAUACAAAGAUCUCUCUUCCGGCGCCGGGACCUGCUGUGAGACGCAAGACAGCUCAGACCAAAGUCAACAAAACCUCUGCGCCUGCGCCAGUUGAACCAGCAAAGCCAAGUACAAAUGCUAGCAGCAAGAAGCGUGCCAAGAAUCGAAAGGCUGGUCUUCAAGCUUUGCUUUCAGGACAAAAGCAGCAAGCCGCCAAUCCUCUCAGUCUCUCUCAUUUCAUGAAAUGA